AUGGCGGGCCGGGUCGGGGCGGCGCUGCCGAUCGACGAGGCGUUUCCGGGCGCCGCAGGCGACGACCGCGGCGAGGGUGGCGCGGCGCGCUGCCGCCUGCGGGUGGCCUACGACGGCACGCAGUACAGCGGGUGGAUGCGACUGGCCGGUCGGCCGCUGGCGGUGGCGGGCUUGCUGGACAGAGCGCUGUCGCUGGCAGUGGGCUGCGACGUGUCCGUGCAGGGCGCGAGCCGCACCGACGCGGGCGUGCACGCGCGAGGGCAGGCCGCGCAUUUCGACCUGCCCGGCGAGGUCGCCUCCGCGCGGCCGCCCGACUGGCAGCGGCGGUGGGAGGCGGCGGCAAACAGAAUGCUUCCAGGAGACAUCCGUGUCCGCGCGCUCGGCGAGGCGCCCCGCCCCGACUUCCACGCCACCUUCUCGGCGGCGCGCCCAGCGCCCGGCCCGGCGGGCGUGCAGCGGAAGCCCACGCCUACAGAAGCGUCGCGGGCAGUGCCUAGGGGCGGCUCCCGCGGCAGGCUCUGCUCGCCCGCGGCCCUGGUGGAGGCCGGCGUGCCGCAGGCGCCCCUUGCCUCCGCGCUCUGCGUGCGGGGCGGGCGCAUCGAGGCCGUGGGCAGCGAGCGCCUGGUGGGGGCCUCCGAGUGCGCGGCCGCGGCCGGCGCGGGGCGGACGGUGGACCUGCUGGGCGCGACGGUGGUGCCGGGGCUCACCGACUCGCACGCGCACCUGAACAUGGAGGCGGCCAGGCGCACCCGCGCCGACCUCCGCCAGGCGCGCUCGGCGCCCGAGGCGGCGCGGGCCGCGGCCGACUUCGCGGCGCGGCGGCCCGACCUCGUGAACGCCAGCGGGGGCUGGGUGCUCGGGUUCGGCUGGGACCAGACGGCGUGGCCAGGCGGCGCGUUCCCGACGAGGGCGGCGCUGGACGAGCUCUUCCCGGACACGCCCGUGUUCCUGGAGCAGCUCAGCGGCCACGCCGCCUGGCUGAACGGCAGGGCGCUGGCGGCCAUGUCCGCGCACAUCCCGGCGAGCGGCGACCCCCCGGGCGGCCACGUGGAGCGCGACGGGCACGGCAGGCCCACCGGGGUCCUCACCGACCGCGCCAAGGACGCGGUGGAGCGGCAACUCCCGCAGCUCCCCGAGGCUGCGGCGCGCCAGGUCAUGGACGAGCUCCUCCGCGACCUGGCGGCCCACGGGCUCACCGGCGUCCACGACAUGGAUUCGCAUGGGGAGGACGUGGACGCGCUGCUGCAGCGCCACUCCCGCGGCGAGCUGUCGCUCCGGGUGUACGCCGCGCGUGACUCGACGACCAGCUCCCCAACCGACCCCAUGGUGGCCACCGACGACGGCUUGCUGACGGUGCGCACGGUGAAGUUCUUCGGGGACGGGGCCAUGGGGAGCUGGUCUGCCGCCAUGCUGCAGCCCUACGACGACCGGAACUCCACCGGCACCCUGGUCUACGAGCGCGAGGCUUUCAAGAGGAAUGUGAGCGCGUGGGCGGCCAGAGGCUACCAGGUCGCAACGCACGCUAUCGGGGACGCCGCCAACCGUCAGGUCCUAGACGUCUACGAGGAACUCCUCGCAGGGCGGCCCGCAGACGAGGCGCGGUGGCGCGUGGAGCACGCGCAGAUCCUUGCCGCGGAGGAUCUCCCGCGCUUCGCGCGGCUCGGCGUGAUCGCGUCCAUGCAGCCCUCCCACUGCGCCUCCGACUUGCCCUACGCGGUGCAGAGGCUGGGCUUCCAGCGUGCGUCCCGGAGCUACGCGUGGUCGAGCCUGCUCCGCACUGGCGUCCCGGCGCUGCCCUUCGGCUCGGACUUCCCCACGGCGGGCUCCGUGCCGCCGCUCCUCGGACUGCACGCGGCCGUGACCCGCGAGACGCCGGGGGGCGUCCCCGCCGGAGGCUGGUUCCCAGAGCAGCGCGUCACGCGGGAGCAGGCGCUCAGGGGCUACACCACGGACGCGGCCUACGCCUCAUUAGGGCGCAGCCUGGGGGCGCUCCGGCCCGGCUUCUACGCCGACCUGACCCUCUUCGACCGCGACGUGAUGACGGUCGACCCGCCGCAGCUCCUCCGCCUCACGGUCUGGGGCACCCUCGUGGGCGGGCGGGCCGUGCACGCGGCAGCCACCGCGCCGCCGGGCCUCCGGCGGCUCGCCCAGGAGGAGGGCGAGCGCCGCCGUGCCGCGCGCGCCGCCGCGGCCGGGCCCGCGGGCACGGGCCCGCCGUCGCGGGCGAGGGCGUCGGCGCGAUUGUCGUCGUGGUGGUGGCCGAAGUACGUGGAGGAGGUCAACGAGGAUCGGCACCACGCCGCUGCGCCGGCGGCAGGCGCUUUGCUGGUGUGA